CUUUCUGCGACUCACUCAGGUCACAUAUCGUACCGUGUUUCUAUGUCUGUGAUGCGGAGUGUCUGAGAGGGUUCAUCGAGUCUGCUGAGAGUGGCAUCCCACAGAAGCACCCUCAUCUGCCAAGCUCUCCUCUCUGGAAGGCUCGCAAAACUCCCCCAAGUGAGAUUCAGCAUUCUUACUGAGGAUGGCUUGUUUAGAGGCUGAGCUCAGUAUGUACUGUUAGUCAUUGUUUCCAGUCACUGACGGCUGUGUCUCUGAGCUUGAGCACAGGGAUGACAUGGAAACACAACUUGCUGAUCUCUGAAAACAAGGCCGAGCAGUAAGCUAAAUCAGGGACGUGGAAGGGUGAAAGCAGGCCAUGUCACGGGUUCCCACCCCCCCUCCACCGGGGGAAAUGACAUCCGGACCUGUGGCGGAGAGCUGGUGUUACACACAGGUGAAAGUUGUAAAAUUUUCUUAUAUGUGGACGAUUAACAACUUCAGCUUCUGUCGGGAGGAGAUGGGAGAAGUCGUGAGGAGCUCAACCUUCUCUUCAGGCCCCAACGACAAGAUGAAAUGGUGUUUGCGAGUGAACCCAAAGGGUCUGGAUGACGAGAGUAAAGAUUACCUCUCACUGUAUUUACUGCUUGUCAGCUGCCCAAAAAGCGAAGUAAGAGCAAAGUUCAAGUUUUCUUUACUGAACGCCAAAAGAGAAGAAACUAAAGCCAUGGAAAGCCAAAGAGCCUACCGCUUCGUCCAGGGAAAGGAUUGGGGCUUCAAGAAGUUCAUUAGGAGAGACUUCUUGCUGGAUGAAGCAAACGGACUUCUUCCUGAUGACAAGCUCACUCUGUUCUGUGAGGUGAGCGUGGUUCAAGACUCUGUGAACAUCUCUGGCCAGUCGAACACAAACAUGCUGAAAGUCCCCGAGUGCCAGCUUUCAGAUGAUCUGGGCAAUCUGUGGGAAGGCUCCAGGUUCACUGACUGCAGUCUGUUUGUUGGAGGACAAGAGUUCAAAGCGCACAAAUCCAUCCUGGCAGCGAGGUCGCCAGUAUUCAAUGCCAUGUUUGAACACAAAAUGGAGGAGAGUAAAAAAAACCGUGUAGACAUCAGUGACGUAGAGCCAGAUGUGUUUCGGGAAAUGAUGGUAUUUAUUUACACUGGUAAAGCUCCCAACCUGGAGAAAAUGGCCGACAACCUGUUAGCUGCCGCAGACAAGUACGCUCUGGAGAGACUGAAGGUAUUGUGUGAGGAGGCACUGUGUAAUAGUCUGUCUGUGGAGAACGUGGCUGAUGUCCUCAUUCUGGCGGAUCUGCACAGCGCAGAGCAGCUCAAAGCACAAGCCAUAGACUUCAUCAACCGAUGCAGCGUUCUUCGACAGCUCGGCUGUAAAGAUGGCAAGAACUGGAAUAGCAAUCACGCCGCAGACAUAAUGGAAACGGCAGGCUGGAAAGCCAUGAUUCAAUCCCAUCCUCACUUAGUAGCCGAGGCGUUCCGCGCUCUGGCUUCAGCCCAGUGCACACCAUUCGGCCUGCCUCGAAAACGCCUAAAACAAUCCUGACCUCCGUCCUCACAGACUGCUUAAAAACCAAACGCAUGAGGAGGCAAAAGCGACCCUUCUUCCCCUCCGUUUUCACUCGCCCGUCGCCCCUUCCAGAGACACGAUGGAGGAGCUCGUUCAAUCCGAAGAAAUGGACUUCGCCAUAAUGUUUACUACGAGUGGCAUCGGAGAAAAGGCCUUAAAGGAUCCGCCUGCUGCGACUGAUCCCAGACCUGUCUGGAUUGCACUAGCUCCCACAUAAUGCAGUAGUUUUAACAUGGUGGUGUUUAGGACCUUGUACGUUACGUGUUGUUGAGGAGGGCGAAGGUUUGCGUUCGCCCUUUUUGUGAACUCAUGGUCUGAUUUUUUUCACCAAACACUCACUAGUCGCAAAGCCACACACACGCAUCGAGUGCAGAGACACUGACACUUUUAAAGUGUUGACGUUGUCGGCAGAAUGUCGCUUUGUAUGUUUAUCGUCGUUAAAAAAAACGAAGUAUUAACUGAGGUCGCGCUGUUGGAUGCUUGGUGAAAAGAGUUUCACGUCGAGUAUGACACGAAAGAAAACAAGCGGCGGAAGAUGUCGAUAUUUUGCACCAACUUAUAUUAUUGGUAAAUAUGAAGAUUUGUUUACCGUGCUGUUUACAGAAAUUGUUUUCCCUUUUUUUUCCGCACAAGAGUUAGUUCGGACUUUUAGUUGGACUUAUUUUCCAUGGUUUAACGUACUCUGUGAUCUGGAGAGUUCUUUGUGUUUGGGGGAAGAAAAAAAUGUAUUGUGGUUCAAAAGAACUUUGGUUUAUUGCUUUGGAAAUAAAACUGGUCAAAACUAA